UCGUACGGUAUAGUCGUCUACGGAGCCAGACACACAUACUUAAGUUCAUAUAUGUACACGUAUGUAUAUACGAAACAAAAAAGCACAGAUCGUAGUAAAAUACAAAUAAAAACGUCUCGUGAGGAAAAUACUCAAAUACGCCAAGUGUUUGAAACGAACUUACAACUCGAACCGACGAAAAAUUCACGAAAUAUUUUUUGUGCCCACAUCGAAAUUGGCACCAACGGUUUUACAGCAGGCGAAGCGGUGUGUGCAUUCAUUCGUGAGUUGCGCGUUAAAGUGAGAGUUUGUGUCUUAAGUCUUUUGAUUUUCCAACGGAGCUGCGGAUCAUCCGCCCAAUCUUUUUCGGGUUUAUUUAUUCGACUCCAUACAUUUUGCAUGCCAGCUCGGUAACCAGGCUUAGGUGACCUGGGAAAGUGUCACACAGUUUUUGAUUUGAUUCUGAACGAUUCACGAGACUUUGAAGCAGAAAGAAAAGAGCUCAAAAGUGAUUAACAACCAAAGCAAAUUAACAACAAAGUUUCAGUUUUUCUCAUCACAUACGUGUAGUACAUACAAUUAUACAGAAAUAAUAUAAAAUAAAAAACUUGUCGGCCGUUGUGGUUUCAUGCUGUUGCCAAAUUUUGAGUUUAACGAAAAUGGCGCAGGUGAAUGAACGAAAGCUGCUGCUUCAACUUGUACUCCUGUCUUUGUGCAUUUGCGCAUGCGCAUUUAAUGCUGCCCAAGCAAAGCGUUUAAAUGCGAACCUAACGUCUUGUCAACAUUUGCGUCGCGUUGAGACAAGGCGUGCGAAAGCUCUGUACCCUAAUGAGAAAGGUUUAGCUGUGCGUAUCCCGCGUUGUAACAAAAGUGGAGAUUUCGAAGAGAUUCAAUGCCGCAACGAGCGUGCCGGUUUAGAUUGUUGGUGUAUUGAUGAGUAUGGCGUGGAAAUACCUGGCACCCACAACGAGUCAAAGUCUGGCGUGCGCUGUGCGGAGCCGGCACAUUGCCCCGCUUCUGCAUGUCGCAUGUUCUGUCCAGCCGGUUUCGCGCGUGAUCCAGAGACGGGCUGUAGUAUUUGUCGUUGUCGUGAUCCCUGCGAGGGUGUAGCUUGCCCUAACGGUCAGACAUGUCAGCCACAAGAAGUGAAAUGUAAAAUUGAGCCAUGUCCACCAGUACCGACAUGUAAGAAAGCACGUUCUAUGUCUACCUAUUGUCCGGCUGGCACGCCACUAGCCAUCGAGGGUAGCAUACGUCCGUUCCUAUGUGGUAACGAAUCGGGAAAGCCACAGUGUCCGCCGCUCUAUCAGUGCAUGGUGGAAGCUGGUAACGAAUAUGGAGUUUGUUGUCCAAGCACUGUGAAAUUCUCAAAACCCGGCAUUUGUCCGGCGCAAGACAAAGUUGAAUACAGUCCAAGCACCGGUUACAUGUGCGGUUCGCCGUGCAACAGUGAUCUGGAAUGUGGUAAUAUGGAGAAAUGUUGUUUUACAAAAGGUUGUCAAUUUAAUUGUCAGCAGCCAUUUAAUGUGACCACAUGCCAUCAGGCACGUGCACUCUCGGAUAUUUUAGCGGUUAAUGAACGUGAGGGUCGCGGCUAUCAGCCGGAUUGUAAUGGUCCUGGCGGUUUAUUUACACCACGACAGUGUUCGAGAAAUGGACUGGUGUGCUGGUGUGUUGAUCCACGUACUGGCCAUAAGAUUCAAGGUACAAUGGGUCCCGCUAAUGAAGUUAAUUGCGAUGGCUGGGAGAAUAUGAUAAGUCAUUCGUUGGCGAGGAGUUUUAAUAUGGAAAAAUGUGACACGAAUAUAUGUGCGGCUGUUUGUGAAUAUGGCUUUAAGAACGAUCAUAAUGGAUGUCCAUCAUGUGAAUGUUCAGAGCCUUGCGAAGGUUUUAAAUGUUCAAUCGGUUCGCAUUGUGAGGUGGCCACAGAUCCAUUAUGUGAAUCUGGCUCAGCAUUAUGUGCCUCGUGGCCUGUUUGUAAACCGGAUUUGGUAUAUUCCAACCCAUGUGAUGUGGGUGCCCCGCUGGCAGACAAUAACACUGGUGAAGUCAUGUAUUGCUUUGAGGAGCGUCAGUCUCGCGCUUUUCAGCCCACAGCUUUCUUUGAGCCCGGCCCAGAUAUGAAACAAGCACGCUCCAUGACAAAUCGCAUUACUUGUCCGAACAACUAUAAAUGUGUGAAACUGCCACACGACACUGAAAGCGUUUGUUGUCCCACUUCGGAGGAGGCCAUCACCCAUGAAGAACAAACGACACACCAACAAACGAUGUGCGAAUAUUUAAGGGACUUCUCCGAGCGUAUGGAAGGCACAGAAGAAGGUAUGCAACUAGCCAUACCAGCACCGCAUUGCACUGACGAUGGCAACUAUUUUGAACGCCAAUGUACUAUGAAAAAGAUACGUGUCACACGCGCCGAGCAACGACAGAUUCUCGAGCAGAAUACCAUACGCCGCAUGCGAAUGCUGUUGAAGAGUGCAAAUGAACGGCAAGCUCGUGGAAAGCGGCAAGUAGAGCGCUUGAAAUUGUACCGCGUCAACGAUGACGCUUUAAAAGUGCACAUUGCUGCGCCAAUACAGAGUCGCAAUGCCAAAGUAAUUGACGUAGGUGCAGAUCGUGCACAGAGCUUGGGCCAACUCUUUGAAGUUGAAUUCAAAAAGGUACUGCCGGCACUGAAACAGUCUUUGGCGGGCAAUGAAUUGGUGGAAAUCGAAGUAGAGGAAUGUUGGUGUGUUGAUAGUUUUGGCACGGAGAUACCCAGCUCGCGAGGCUUUAACAUAACCGAUGCAGACUGCGCAAAUGUGCGUGAAUCUAUUGAUUGUUUAGAUCUGACCUGCCGCAUGGGUUGUGAGUAUGGUUUUACCUUGGAUCCGAAUACACGUUGCCCCGCCUGCCAAUGUCGUGAUCCGUGCGAUGGUGUCGUUUGUGGCGACGGUAAGGAGUGUCGUAUCGUCGAUGUAUCUUGUGACGAAGAGUACUGCCCACCUGUGCCUGCGUGCUUACCACGAAAGCCAGGGCAAUGCCCAUUCCUUGUUCCACCAGGACCAGACAAUCUGGAUGCCAAUACUUGUUCCUAUGAAUGUCGUACAGACUCACAUUGCGAGGGCCAUAAACGUUGUUGUUCGAAUGGUUGCGGCACUCAAUGUGUUUUGCCGCAAAUGAAAACAGCUUGCCAACAUCUAAACACGAUACAAAUGCAUCAGGCCUCCGAACUGGGUAUACCAGCAAUGAAAAUGCAUAUUGCGCAAUGUGAUGCACGUACUGGCAAAUGGAAUCAAGUUCAGUGCUCUCCAAACGGUUACUGUUGGUGUGUUGACGAGAAAGGCUGGGUUGUGGCUGGCACACGUGUCAAGGGAUCAACCCCGAAUUGUGAAAUUAACUCAACAUUUGCUUGUGCGCAAUUGUCGUGUGACAAAAUGUGUGAGGCGGGCUAUAAAAUGGAUAAAAACGGUUGCCCCUUGUGUGAAUGUAGAGAUUUCUGCGAUGAGAUCAGCUGUUCAAAUGGCGAGGAGUGUCAAUUGAUCAAUGUGGAGUGUAUCGAUGAGCCAUGUCCGAAAAUGCCCAUUUGUGUGCCACGCAGAGUCUCAGUUUGUCCAGAGGGCAAUCCGCUGCAACAAGGUGAUCUUGAGGUGAGUUGUGGACCACACAAUGAUAAUGAGGCCUGCCCCACUACACACACAUGUCAAUUGAAUCCGGUGACACAUCGAGGCGUCUGCUGCUCAAAGACAAGAGACGUUUGCUUUGAAUCCAUGGACAAGGCUUGUCUGGCAAACCUCCAUUCACAACGUAAUGUCACUCGUUAUCGCUUCAGCCCGAAAUCAAACAGGUGCUUGCCGGUCACGAUCAACCUGGAUGCCACCACAUGUCAAACAAAAAAUCUAUUUCACAGUGAACUAGCGUGCAAUUCCGUGUGCCCAGUUCUAACAUCAUGCGAGCGUCUGAAGUUGAAAAAUAAUUUAGCUGCCCAACACAGUGGUUACACAUCUGUUUGGUUUCAACCACGCUGCGAUCCUGUCACCGGUCAUUGGAGUCCUGUGCAAUGUUUAGGCGCACAGCCAUCUCUACAUAAGGAGUCAACAAAGGAUUUGGGUCGUGCAUCCAAACAACGUCCUACAAAAGUAUCUUCUUCGUCUUCCACUAAUGGCGUGUGCUGGUGUGCUGACAAGAAGGGGGCACCACUGAAAGGAACAUUGACACGUGAUGUUGAACCUGUUUGCAACAGUCGCCAAGGACGUCAGAGCAAAGCUUUCAAUGUUGACGACCAGCUAAUGGAAGAGGUAAUCAGACAAAUGACAACAAUGGUCGAAAUUGAAGAAUAUGAGUUGGAAGAAAGAGCUGAAAAAACACAAGAUGCUCACCUCGGUGCCAACACGUAUAGUAAUAGAAACGGUGUUGGAAGAAGCUUGGACGACAAUAUGGCCGUUGAAAGUGAAUAUUAUGAAACGCCAGUUGGCCUUAAGCCGAAAACCUCGGCAAUUCCAAACACUGCAGCCGAAGCCUACGUUACCGAGCACAUACUUGCUUUAGCCAAUUCAUUGUUGGACUCUCAGCUAAGCAUUGAGGCCUUAAAACCGAUGCCUGUGGAAACAACACGCUGUCGCGCUUUGUCCGAAACUGCAGCGUUUCCAGUAUCUUGUGAUGAGCAUGGAGCAUUUCUGCCAACACAAUGUAAUAGUAAAACAUGUUGGUGUGUUGAUGCUGCCGGCAAUCAAUUGGAUACAUCCCACAUGUUCAGACCCGGCACAAGUCACUGCUCGGAGACACCAAUCGCUUCGGUAGCAAUUGAAUUACAUAUGGUUAAUCGCACCAGUAGAAAUAUACGCAAUGCUUACGAUACCAUUCGCAGAGAGCUUUAUCAACUGCUCGGCGAUGCGGUAGAAAAUUUACGCGUACAGGAAAAUUUCGACGGUUCUGUUAUUGUACGUUUCGAACUGCAUAAUGAGGAGAAAAUCGACUUGGCAUUCGCCAUUGAAUCGGCUAUAAAUGCGAAUCGUUUCAAUUUGGUAGGCGGCCAUUUCACACCCGACAUUUCACGGUCCCACUUCAUACACCGCAGCGUCAGUUCGCCAGUUACCGCUGCGGUUCCACACGAGAGUACCAUACAAGUGGUUCUAUUUAUUAUGGCGACCAGCUCGGCUUUUCUAGUCAGCAUCUUUGUCGUCUAUGUUAUGCUAAAGAGAGGCAAACGCACAAAAGUCCUAACGGAUCAUUAUGGUUAUCCCGUUUAUCCAGAUGAAGCGGUUAGCAAAACUAUGGGGGGUGGAGAUAAGGCGGUCGAUUUUACCGCGCCGAUAUUUGUGUUGAGCUCACACGAACAUAAUGCGGAGAAUACGGCCAAAUAGGAGGCAUUUUAGUUUUAUUAAGAAAAAAGGUUUUGUUAUUAUGUUCUGGAGGAGUACAUAAGCCUAAAGAAGGAUUUUGAAUAAUGCUCGUGUCUGAAAAAUGAGUGCUUUUUUUGUUUACCGAAAUUUAAUUUAUUUUUUUUUAACAGUUAGCUUAUAUGCAUGUAAGUGUCUUCUAAUUUUCUUGUAGUUAAAACUGAGAAACCAACUUUGGGGAUGGUCUCCAGGUGCAAAUCUUGGCUAAAUCGUAUAACUAAGCGAUAGCUUCUUUCUUAUAUCUAUUGCAUAUUAUGGGUAUUUAUAUUUGAACAUAAGUAUAUAACAUACUCGUACAUACAUACAUAUGUAUAUACGAAUAUGUCGUAUUAGAGUAAUAUCUUUCAAAUGUAAAUAUAUUCAUUUAAACAUUCUUAACUUUGUUACACGAUAUCACAAACAUACAUGCAUUGCAUAUAUAUGUACAUAUUACUAUAUAAUAU